UUUGAACCUUUUCCAUUUUUUGGAAACAAUUUUGUUUUCUUGGCCUGGCCUUCACAACACGAAUUGUCUCAGUGCAUUUUGUUGGCUGGUUGUAUACCAUGGUCUGUAGGUAGCGAAGUAGAAUGUAGAUCUUCAUUUUAUUUUUGCACUGGAUUAUUUGAGCCAAGUGGUUUGCGUUACUGCCGUUAGUGAAGAAUUUUUUGAAGUUGGGCAGAAAUGUAUUCGUUGAUGAGACAGCCUCAUCGGCCAACUGCCAUUGAACAUUGCAUAUCAUGCAAGUUUGUAACCAGUUCUGAGGAAAACUUGGUUGUAGCCGGCACCACACAGCUUCAAGUGUUUGCAAUUCGCGAAGUUGAGGCUGCAGACAAGAAGACCAAAGCAAAGACACGUGGAUCUAGCUCAUCCUCUCCGUCAUGCGGCGAUAAGCUUGAACUGUUGUUCCGGUGCUCUCUUCAUGGAGUUGUAACAGAGCUGCAGUCAGUACAGAUUGGUGCUGGUGGUAAAGAUGCAUUGUUGAUUGCGUUCGACGAUGGAAAGGUGUCUCUAGUGGAAUACGACCCAGCAACACAUGAUCUCAUAACGCUUGCCAUUCUCAAUGCUGAGCAGGAGAUGUUCCGAGGUGGCAUGUUCCAUCCCACACUAAGGCCCAUGCUGCGUGUCGAUCCUGAGAAUCGCUGUGCCGUUCUUGUUGUGUACGACCGUUACUUGAUUGUGUGUCCGUUUCGCCAAGAUGAGCAGCUAGCUGGGCGCUCUCCCACACUGCCUCAUUAUGAAGUGGAGUUACAGACUCUGGACUCCAAGUUACACAACGUCCUGGAUAUCCAAUUCCUCCACGGUUACUUUGAGCCAACUCUUUUUGUCCUCUUCGAGCCAACCCGCACAUGCCCUGGGCGUGUCGCUGCUCGUCGAGACACCGUGUCUCUAAUCGCGGUUUCGCUGAGUCUUAUGGAGCGAGUGCAUCCUGUAAUAUGGUCGUUUGACAGUCUUCCUUUUGACUGCUUCAAAGCUCUACCCGUACCUAAGCCUGUUGGUGGUAUUGUUGUGUUUGGAGUCAACACGCUGUUGUAUCUAAACCAGAGUGUCCCAGCGUAUGGCGUUUCUCUGAAUUCCCUUGCCGAGACGAGCUCCAACUUCCCUCUCCGCCAGCAGGAGGGUGUUAACAUGUCUCUGGACUCAGUGCAGGCUUGCUUCGUCUCCUCCGAUCGCUUUGUCAUGUCUCUUCGAGGGGGAGAAAUCUAUGUGGUGUGUAUCAAGGCGGACAACAUGCGUAUGGUCCGGGGAUUCCAGUUUGAUCACGCGGCGGCAAGCGUGCUGACCUGUUGCAUGUGCACUGUGACGGAGAAGUACUUGUUCCUGGGAUCUCGUCUUGGCAACUCUCUGCUGCUACGGUGCACUCAAAAGUCGAAAGCGGAAACAUCAUCCCAGCUUGAGCCUUCGGCUAAACGUCGAAACACAACAUCUGACUGGCUUUCUUCAGGUCUUGAUGAUGAUGAUGAGCUUGAGGUGUAUGGGUCGUCUCUGGACGCAGACUCUUCCUCUACAUCCUAUGUGUUUGAGGUGUGCGAUAGCUUGAUCAAUGUGGGCCCUCUCAGCAGUACAUCACUCGGCGAGCCCAGCUUUCUCUCGUACCACAAUGUUGACAAGUAUGAUCUGGAGCUUGUCAGCUGUUCAGGCCGUGGGAAGAAUGGAUCAUUGUCAAUUCUUCAGCAAACGAUUCGGCCGCAACUCGUAACCACGUUUGAGCUGGAGGGUUGUAAGGACAUGUGGACAGUGCUCUCAGGCAAGGCCGAUAGCAACCAGGCUGCUACAUCACGAUCGUCCACCCAUGACGCGGACACUGAUCGCCGACAUUCGUUCCUGAUCCUUGCUCGCGAAGACCAUACCAUGAUUUUACGAACGGGAAGUGAGAUCCUGGAGUUGGACCAGUCUGGAUUCGACACAAAUUCGCCAACCGUGCAUGCUGGCAACAUUGGAGAAAGAAACUACAUACUCCAGGUUUGCCCGCAAGGUGUUCGGCUACUAGAUGGAGAGAAUGAGAUUCAACAUGUUCCCCUAGUGGCAUCGGCGCCAAUCACUCGUUGUUCGUUGGCAAGCCCAUACGCUCUGCUACAAUGCGAAGACGGAACAAUACACGUGCUGUCUUUGGAUGAGAGUAGUGCGGCACCGCAGAUAAGCAUCAAAACGCCGUCUCUUGCUGAUUCGUCGCCCAUCACGUCCAGCUGUCUGUACAAGGACACUGGAAAGCUGUUCAACACUGACUUCCUGUCCAUGGCUGCUGGGAUUGCACGUGAACGACUGCGGCGGCGUGCCUCUUCGGCUGCAACGGAAGUCAAGAAAGAAAUCGUGCCCGGUGUGACCCCGAUAACUAGCAUGACAGCAGAGGAAGAAGAUGAACUGCUCUACGGCGGAGCUGAUGAUGCAGGCAAGCCAGCACUCACUGUACCAGCAACCAUGAUCAAGGAAGAAGAAGACCCUGAUGAAGCCAUGCUGUACAAUGAUGGCGACAGCAAUGCAAGAGAGAAGGACUCGACACAACCCAACAUCACCUACUGGUGUGUGAUCUGCCGUCAGUCCGGCUCUUUAGAAAUCCUCUCCUUUCCCAACAUGAAUUCCGUGUUCUCUAUGCGCACCUUCUCAAACGCUCCGCGCUGCUUGGUAGACGGAGGAGCAACCGAUGGAUCAGCCAGCACAGCCGGUGAUUCUUCUGAUGCAGUCUCACCCAUUCUGGAAGUGAUGAUAGCCGGUCUUGGUCCCAAUGGAACUAAACCGUAUCUCCUGGCUCGUUCUGCACAAGAUCUCCAGAUUUACCAGGCAUUCCCGUACCCAUCAAGCUUGCCCGGUGAACGUCUCAAUGUCCGAUUUACUAAAGUCCGUCAUGAUAUUGUGCUACAUGACGCUAAGUCAACAUCUGCUGCGGGUGCAGCAUCGGCUGCCAGCAACAGCACAGGGUCUGAGUCUAGUGAUGGCACGGAACCGUUCACACCACUUCUGAGAUGCUUCAGCAACAUUGGAUCUCAUAGCGGAAUUUUCUUCUGUGGUCCAUCACCACACUGGAUAUUCAUGACGCAACGAGGUGCGCUCCGCUGCCACUCCAUGAUGGUGGAUGGACAUGUCACGUGCUUUGCCGCCUUCGACAAUGUCAACUGCCCUCAAGGCUUCCUCUACUUCAAUGCAAAGAGUGAACUCCGGAUUGCAGUACUGCCACGUAAUCUAGUGUUAGACUCUGACUGGCCGGUUCGCAAGAUACCACUGCGCUGUACUCCUCACUUUGUUGGCUACCUGCCUGAGCCAAAGAUCUAUGGUGUGAUCACGAGCAAGACUAUGCAACGCAAGACCGCACCACAUCUUACUAAUGAUGAUGCUGCUGUACUGGCUCCUUUGGAAGAAGGCGAGCGUUUUGUUUUUCCUGAGAUGCUGACAUAUAGUCUACAGCUGUACUCACCGGCAACAUGGGAGACAGUGCCGAACGCCACGGUGGUGUUUGAUGAAUUUGAGUCGGUGGUCAGCAUGCAGGUAGUGCGCCUACAGAGUGAGCAGAGUGUCACUGGUCUCAAGUCCUACCUAGCGCUCUGUACCUGUUCAGAGAAGGGAGAGGAAGUCACAGCCAAGGGCAUGAUCAAGAUCUAUGACAUUGCGGAGGUGGUGCCCGAGCCAGGAAAGCCACUCACCAAGUACAAACUGAAGACCUGCUACGAUAAAGAGAUGAAGGGUCCGGUCAGUGCUAUUGGCUCUGUGCAAGGCUAUAUGGUGGGAGUUGUUGGGCAAAAGGUGUAUGUUUGGUCGUUCAUGGGAGGCAAGGAUCUGCUCGGUGUGGCGUUUGUUGACACGCAUUUGUUUGUGCACUCCAUCGUCAGUAUCAAGGACUUUCUUCUCGUGUCAGACAUCCAGAAGAGCGUCUCACUGCUGCGGUUUGAUAAAGAAAACCGGUCAUUGUACAUUGUCAGUCGGGAUUGCCAGCAUUUGGAGGCAGUCACAUCCAACUACAUUGUGGACAACAAGAAGCUGGGCUUCGUAGUCAGUGACAUGAUGAAUAACCUGAUAGUGUUUGGUUACCAGCCGGAGGCUCUGGAGAGUCAGGGUGGUCGUCUGCUUCUGCGACGUGCCGAUAUACACGUUGGUACGCGUGUCAGCUCUCUGUGGCGCACUGCAGUCAGACCAGCAGCCGUGCAUGGUCGAAAAGGCUUGCAGCUGGUUGUCAGGCGUGAUAAGCGACACGUUACUUGGUUCAGUGGCAUGGAUGGCAGUGUGGGAUAUGUUAUCCCAGUUGCUGAGAAGACAUACCGGCGACUACUUCGUUUGCAGGACAAACUGAUCACUUUCCUGCCUCACUAUGCUGGCCUGCAUCCUAAAGGCUUCCGGUUGUUGCGUUCCGCGCGCCCUGCUCUGGUCAAUCCGCAUCGCAAUAUCCUGGACGGUGAUCUUCUGAUGAACUUUGUGUAUGCGUGCAAGACCGACCAACGCGAACUUGCCCGGUCACUUGGUACCACACCUAACAUGAUCCUGAGCGACUUGGUUGACGUCAGCUAUUCAUCGUGUGUCUAUUAGCCACUUACCCUAGCUUGGGUUUGUGAUGUCAUAGUUCACCAGUAGGCAUUGUGACUGUGUGGACAUACAUUGCAAUACCAGUACGCUGUACAUUGCAAUACCAGUACGAUGUACAUUGCAAUACCAGUACACUGUGUGGACAUACAUUGCAAUACCAGUACACUGUGUGGACAUACAUUGCAAUACCAGUACACUGUGUGGACAUACAUUGCAAUACCAGUACACUGUACAUUGCAAUACCAGUACACUGUGUGGACAUACAUUGCAAUACCAGUACAUGUACACGGUACAGACACCAACUGCCGCCGCCACCGCAACCAGCAACAUUGGAGAUUUGACGGCACUGUUCUAGUUCCGUACUGCGUGGAUGGCUGAAUCCGGCGAGCCUAGGUCACAGCCUAGGUCACAGCCUAGGUCACAGCCUAGGUCACAGCCUAGGUCACAGCCUAGGUCACAGCUUGUAUUGCACUAUUGGUGUUUGCUGGCACUGCUGGUCUUUGCCCGCGUCAAAUGUAUGUGUUGUGUGUUGCAUGCAGCAGCAGUACUGGUCUGAGAAAGUUCUUGGCUCAGCCAGCCUAUUACCUUGAAUUUGUUGCGCUUUUUCUUAUGCCGUGCUCCAUUGUGUACAUACAUACUGACCUUCCUCGUGUUGUGGACUAUUUCUAACUGCUUGCACUUGAAGUGAAGGGUUUUGGAGGAUUGGCAUCUCGUUGUACAGUUAGUUUCUAUUCACCUUGUAUACAUCCCCUGCCCCGUUUUACCUCCAUACCUCUUCCGGUGUGAUUCCCUGCACGGUUCUGCCACCGUCUGCACUGACCCCCCUGUGAUCAGUUUAUUAUCAUUGCUACUCAAGACCUCAGCACUUUCUUAGAAUUAUAUUCAUCAUCGGGCCAUCGGUCAGCCAAACCAUGGCCACUACCACCCAGUGGUGGCCAGGAGAGCAUGCAAUACUCAGCCAAACCAUGGCCACUACCACCCAGUGGUGGCCAGGAGAGCAUGCAAUACUUGUCAUGAUUUUGACUAUCAACAUCACACAACAAUAGUGGUUUCGCGUACCAAUACAUGCACACGUGUUGUGAGUAGUUUUACGUGAAGUUUUUUUCAACUUUCAGAGAACUAAUUUCUUCAUGAAACAUGCCAGGACAUUGCAUACUGUGUAGUACGAUAGUAUGAAGAUUCAUGUAAUUUUUGGCUUUCUCAUAAUAAUAAUAAUAUUAUAUUUCCUUGCA